UCCAUUUCACUGUUUUCAGGGGCCUGUGUCAUCCGGACGCUCGGUGCCUUCGAGCCGUGCGCAAAGUUUGAAAGUGGAAACUGCUUUUUCGCAACCAGUCCAGCUUCACACGGAGGUUUCCCGCCGAGCUUUGGGUCUCUUUCCCAACCUUGUUUUUCCUUCCUUCCUCUGCUCCGGGACAUGUCGACGGGAGGCGGUUCUUCCUCGACCCUCCUCAACUUGGGACCCUGACGUGCAAUGGCAUGACGAUCUGUCCUCCUGGACGUCAACAAAACAACAUCAUUGCUCAACUGAAGCUGUUUCCAGCCUGCCUGUGUUUCGUUUCGCUCUGUCUGUAAAAAAACAACCGUCGCCACCAUGCAGACCUCAUCGCUGCGACGCCAGAUGAAAAAUAUGGUCAACAACUACACAGAGGCCGAGAUCAAGGUCCGAGAGGCUACCUCCAAUGACCCCUGGGGUCCCUCCAGUUCUCUUAUGUGUGAGAUUUCCGACCUGACCUUCAACGUACUGGCGUUCACUGAGGUCAUGGGCAUGUUAUGGAAGCGCCUCAAUGACCACGGUAAGAACUGGCGCCACGUUUAUAAGGCGCUGACGCUGAUGGACUACUUGAUCAAAACGGGCUCAGAACGUGUGGCGCAGGACUGCAGGGAGAACAUCUAUUCCAUCCAGACUCUGAGAGACUUCCAGUACAUCGACCGCGACGGACGCGACCAAGGCGUGAACGUCCGAGAGAAAGCCAAAAACAUAGUGGCUUUGCUGAGGGACGAGGAGAAGCUGAAGAAGGAGAGAAGCCAGGCCAUGAAGACCAAAACAAGAAUGGCGGGGGUGCACAGUGGAAUGGGCUCGGCAUCACAACCUCCUCCUUAUCCAGGGCGUCGCACCAGCUAUCCCAGCUCAUACGUGGACGAGUACAGCAGGUGCUCGCCCUCCUCAGGCCAAUCGUCAUCAUCUCGCCUGGCUCCUGACCUUGAGCAAGCUCGCCCGUCCACCAGUGGAGAGGAGGAGCUGCAGCUGCAGCUGGCUCUGGCCAUGAGCCGGGAGGAGAGUGAAAAGUCCCCUCCCACAGUUGAUAUGGAUGAACAGGCUCAGCUCAAGAUUGCCAUGAAGCUCAGCCAGCAGGAGGUCAAGAAGGCAGUGCAGCGUCCACCCCCCCAGGUGGACAUGGACGAAGAGACGCAGCUCCAGCUAGCCCUGAGCAUUAGCAAGGAGGAGCACAAGCAGGAGGAGCUCAGUCGUCAGGGAGACGAGACAAUGUUCCAGAAAGCUCUGGAGGAGAGCAAACGUGAGAUGGAGUCUAAAGGCGGGACUGCCUUCAUGGACCUGGUGGAUAUUUUCGCCGUCCCAUCAGAGCCCCCUCCCAGUGAAUACAGCUGGAAUAGACCUCCUUACCAAGCAUCCGGAGGAUCGGAACCCUGGGACUCAAUGGGCAGCAACUCAAGAGUGGAGCCGGCCUGGAUGGCCCCGCCUCCCUCCAACAGCCCUCCUCCACCGUGGGAGCCCAGCCAACCGGUGGGAGAUCCCUGGGACUCCCCACAGAGAAACCUCAACACUGCAGGUGGACUUCAGCCAUUCCCAGCAAAGACAGCGGUGGAUCCUUUCUCAGCACUAUCAGCAAGGGAGCCGUCUCCCCGCGCUGGAAGCCCGUCCGAUGGGGAUCUGUUUGACGAAGCCAUGGACGGAGGUCAGAUCAGCAUCAACGGGCGAGGCAGCGCCAGUCCUGAGCUGUUCGACCUCUCCAGACUGGGAGAAAGCCUUCCUGCCCCGACUGCUCGUGCGUGUCGGACCCCCGAGUCCUUCCUGGAUCCGACAGCGGCUUCACUUGUGAACUUGGACAGUCUGAUCCCAGCAAACCCCCCAGGGAAGACCAAGAACCCCUUUCUUUCAGGCAUGAGUGCUCCGUCAGCCACCAAUCCAUUCCAGGCCGACCAAGGCAAACUGACUCUGAACCAGAUGGGCUCUGGCUCUGCCGCUCCAAACAACUCCUCUCUGCCCUACAGUGCCUCUUUACCGCUGCCCGUGAGCCAGCAGCCUGCCAGCCUCCCCUCCUCACUCACCCACCCCACCCAGCCGGGUCUGGACCUGCUGGGGACCCUCCCGGAGCCUCUGUUGCCCUUCUCCAGUGGCAGCACACAGGGGACCCUGGCCGACCAGAACAAUCAGAACCCUUUCUUAUGAGGACUUCUGCACAUAGCUGAUGCUAUCCUCAGCCCUAAGGACUGAAAAUGUAAAAUCAUUUUCUAUUAUCUCUCAUUCAUGCAGUUACUACAAUGGAUUAUAAGGGCCAUUAAUACUUGGGAAGUACAAUUGAAGGGCGUUCUGGUGGAUAAUUCAGAGGCUAGGACACAAAAUUAAUGGCUUAAAAUGAAAAUAUAUGAGAAACACCAGAUUUUUUUUCUCGUCACUUAAAGGCAUUACGGUGCAGAAGAAUCCAAUUUUGGAGGCACUGGUCAUCAUAGUUGAUACAAAGGGAAAGAAUGGAGAGUAACAAGGCUUCAAUCAAGUUUCAUCACUAGUCACAUCUCCUGGUUUCAACAGAGGACAGCUCGACCAAACUAGACCAGUUUGUGAGCUGGAACUUUUAAACAGGUCUUUACUCUGAAAUUCCCUGUAAUUUAGCUGCUUUCUCACUUGGAAAUCAAACAAUUGCAACUUUGAACAUUUUCAACUCCCCGUAUUUUUAUAGCUCGAUGUUCAAGAGAAACCUUUGGGUGGUUUCAUGAGCUACAGUCCAUCUGAUCGAGACGAAUUACAGUCAAUGUCAUUGUUUUCUUUUGGUUUCACAUUGCACAAAUGAAAGUGGACCAAAUAAAUAAAAUGCUGGAAGAGUC